AUGACCCCCGAGGAAGACCCCGAUGUCGCCGCCGGCACCGAACCCCUGGCCUGCGUUUCCUGCCGCGCACGCAAGCUCAAAUGCGACCGCACGAAGCCGGCUUGCGCUCGCUGCCUCAAGCUCUCCAUCGAAUGCGUCUACCCCGAGUCGAGGAGGAAGCCGAUGGUGAAGCGUAGAAAUGUCAAGGAGCUUGAGGCGAGGCUGGCCCAGGUUGAAGAGUAUCUCAACCACGUCAACCAUGCGAACAACGUCGGCCACGUCCCAAGAGACGCCAAAGACGCCGAGAAUGCCUCCAGGAUGCCCUCCCUCUCCGAGGAAUCGCCCCUGCAGAUGGACGACGUGACCUUCCUAGAUGGCCCGUCGUCGCAUCUCACCGAUUCCCAACCCCAACCCCGACCUCGACCGCAGGGCCACACACCAUCCGCAGGCCAGUCGCGACAAUCCUUCGAGAUGCCCCUACCCCAGCCCGACACCUUCCUGGGUGGCGGGGAGCUCAUGGGCCUCGGGUACUCGGAGGCCACCCCCCCCUUUGAAGUGCAGGAAGAGCUCAACAACAUAUUUUUCCUCCUCCACCAUCACUUCAUCCCCGUCGUUCACUCCGGCAGAUAUUACCACGCCUUCUACGGCGGGCCCCUCCGGAAGCCGCCCAUGUGCCUGCAGUAUGCCAUCUGGGCCAUCGCCGCCAACGGCCACUCCAAGUACGACCAGUAUGCCCAUGUCUUCUACAUGCGAGCUCGUCAAUACGCCGAGGCGGAUGAGAUGAAGGGCCACGGAGAGCACUUCAUCUCCAUAGCCCACGCCCAGACGUGGGGCAUCGUUGCGGCCUUUGAGGCCAAAUGCAUGCUGUUCACGAGGGCGUCCAUGAGCUGCGCAAAGACUGUCCGUCUCUGCCACAUGAUGGGCCUCGACCGCCUUGACGGACCCUCCGACGACCUACCUCCUGCCCUUGCCGCCGCCUCGAGCUGGACCGAGCUGGAGGAGCGGAGGCGCGUCUUCUGGGGUGCCUUUGCCAUUGAUUCGCACGCAAGCAUAUCCACGGGCUGGCCCUGCUUGAUCGACACCAACACCAUCAUGACGAGGCUUCCCGCAUCCGAGGAAGCCUUCUCCUCCGGCCAGGAGGAAGUUGCUCCCUUCAUGGAGGAGGCGUUCAAAGGCGCCAGCUACAGCGGCUUCGCUGGCUCCAUCAUCAUCUGCCAAGUCUUCCGCGAGAUCCUGCGACACGUUCACAGGUCCAAGCCGGCCGACCGAGCAGAUGAUAUGAUGGAUGGCGCCUACUGGAAGCGCCACCGCGACCUGGACAAUAAGCUGUCGAGCGCCUUCAUGUUUCUUCCUGAGGAGUUCCGCCUGCCGCAAAGCUCUCGAUAUCCGCCCGCGAUCCACACCAACCUCAACCUGCACGCCGCCGUCAUCACUCUGCACCAUGCCGCCAUUGAAAUGCAAGAAAAGCACGGCCUGCCAGACUCUGUGAAGCAGUCUAGCAAGUGCCGUCUGCGGACGUCGGCCGAGGAGAUUGUCAACAUCAUCAAGUUGACCUCUCAUUCGACCACUAUUUUCAAAAGUCCACUGUGCGCGCUGUCCAUGUACUGCGCAACGACAGUGUACGUCUACAUCGCAAAGGACGACGCUCAGACCCGCCUCAGCACCCCCGACAUCUCCAACCUCGAGCUCAUCAUCAGCGCCAUGGAAGCAAUCAGUCGGCAGCACGAAGUCACCCAAAAUUUCCUCCAGCAAACCUGUCUCGAUGUGGAGAGGAACGGCCUCGACUCGUGCAUUCGCCUUCCCUCGCUGCAAAAAUAUCGAACCAUCUUCGGCGGCGCUCGUUCGAACAUUCCCAUCAUCACCCGAAGCGCAAUAUCAAAGCACACCGAACUCUCUCCCGUCUUGCCGGGCCGACUACCGCUCAGCAACCCGCAGGGACGUACCCUGCCGGAACAUUUGAGAAUGGAAAAGUGCGGCCCGCCCAUAUCGGCGGGGGGGGACGGAGAACCGGGAAGGAAGGAUCUCGGCCACAGCGAUUGCUUUCAGUCCUUCCUCGGCGCCGUGAGGCGCAACGUCGCCCCCAGGCCGACAGAUAACCCGAGCAAGCGGAAGCGAAUGUCGCCAAGCCCUGGGCCGGAGCCGACGGUCAACAUGGCCAUGUUAAAUGCCGUCACGGGGAAAUCUGCUCCCAACGGAGGAGCCAACAGCCUGAAUACCGUGUCCCCGACCAAUGCGGACUUUGGAGGCCCUGGGUCGUGGCAGUUCGACGGUGGGAAUUGCCGCAUCCCGCAGGCGAACGCAUUCCUCGUCCUCCCCGACCGAACGAGCUCCUCGGCAUCGUCACCUGCGAAUCGGGAACAAGGGACAGACAACCUAUCGGGUAGCAGCCGCAGCAGCCACACAUCGCCGGGCACCUUGGGGCUUGGGAACACGCCCGAGGAGAACAGGGUCGAUCUGCGACCGUUUCAAGACCGGAUCGUGACGCCGUUGUGGCCGCCGUCGGCCGAAGAAGUAUUUUUUGCAGCCCAGAUUCCACAGUCGCUGACAGAUCUUGCCCCCGGGGACGAAGACGGAGCGUGGGCUCUGCUCAGCGAAUCCAUGGGAUGGCAGAGCAACAAUCCGGCAGGAAUGUAA